CCGAAAGCGAGAGAGAGAUUUAAAUGUUGGCUCCAGAAGAGGAGGUGGUGAAGAGAUGGGAAAGCGAGCAGGAGUGUAUGAAGCAGAAGUUGGUGUUAGAGGACACUGAGGAGUGGCAGAAGGAGCCGGACUUCAGAGGGCUGGAGCGAGUUGGUGGGGUCGACCUGUCAUUUAUUAAAGGGGAUGAACACAACGCCUGCGCUCAUCUCGUCAUCCUCAACUACCCUCAGCUCCAGGUGGUGUAUGAUGUCAGUAGGAUGGUGUGUCUUAGCUCUCCGUAUGUUGCAGGGUUUCUGGCCUUCAGAGAGGCUCCACCACUGCUGCAGCUUCUGCAAACACUGCAGAGUGAGCAGCCUGACCUAAUGCCACAGGUGGUGUUUGUAGAUGGAAACGGUUUGUUUCACUACAGAGAGUUCGGUUUGGCGUGUCACCUCGGCAUCCUAUCGGACCUGCCCUGUGUGGGCGUGGCUAAGAACCUGCUCCAGGUUCAAGGUGUGGCCAAGAAUGAUGAGCACUUGUCACAGAUCAGUGCUCUGAGUAAAGCGGGUGACACUUUCCCACUGGUCACUGAUUCAGGAAAAAUUUUGGGACAGGCUCUGCGCAGUUCAGACCGCAGCACUAAACCCGUCUACGUGUCAGUGGGUCAUCGGAUUAGUCUGGACACAGCCGUCCGUCUCACACACUCCUGCUGCCGCUACCGUGUUCCUGAACCCACACGACAGGCGGAUCUGCGUUCAAGAGAAUAUCUGCAAACACACUUUCCCUCGCCCAGCUGAAAACACACACACGCACACACACACACACACACACACACACACACACACACACACACACACACACACACAGGUGAGUGUAAAACCAUCUGUUCUGUCUUAAUCUGGAGAGAGUGUGUGUGUGUGUGUGUGUGUGUGUGUGUGUGAGAAAGAGAGAAAGAGAUUGAAAAUUGUUAAACACUGAGUUGUAUUUCUCCUACACACACACACACACACACACACACACACACACACACCAUGAGAGAGAGUGAUAAUUCUUUUAGUCCUGUGAGAACCCUGAGAUCACUCAACAGAUCAUCACCUGAGCUUCCCUCGUGUGUGUGUGUGUGUGUGUGUGUGUGUGUGUGUGGACUUGACUUUUGAUGAGAGAUCAAAGUGUAACUCCGUCUCUUCUCCUUCGUCUGACCUUUUUACAGCUGAGAAGUUUUAUUGCUCGACCUGUUUAACUGAGUACACUCUUUACACACACACACACACACACACACGGCCACGCCCCCUUGACUGACAGGUACAGAGCGCUCAUAUCACACACACUUCUCUCUCUCUGCAGUGAUUCUCUUCAGUUCUGAGUGUCAAUAAAACUCCUGAAUAAAGAUGUUCCCCUAGCAAAGUGUGUGUG